CGCAUUAAUCGAUAAAUCGGAAUUUAUUCGAUGCAUCGGUCAACAUCGCCCAUUUCUAGCAUAGUACUAUUUGUUUAUUCUGUGUCAUAUGUGAAAUGAUUUGAGAAACUACUCUAAACUUGCUUUGUCCAAAUAUUUCUGCCAGCAACGUACAAGCAAAAAUUUAACCCGAAUAAGAACGGUUAUGGAAAAUAUAGACGGAAGUCAAAGGAAGCCUCGGCGCACACGCGGUACACCUGCAUAUCAAUAUAGAAAUAAGUUUGCUUUCGCGUGGAUUGCUUUGGGAUCUGUCUUAUUUGGCGCCUGGGCUUGCAUGCCGACAAUCCGUGAAACUAACAAGCGUAUAUGCGACAAAGUACUACAUCCUACUGAAGAGGAGAUUGAUAGGAAAUACUUGUUUAAUUUGCCAAAGCCCCUUCCACGAAGAGAGAUACAAAAACGGAUUGAUGAGGAAAAGGAAUUGAUGUCAACAAGAUAAAUAAUAAAAUUUAAUUUUAAUGGAUCGCGAAACACGUAAAGCGAAUUUAAAAAAGCUCCGUUUAUCCGGUAUAAGGCAUAUUGGAAAAAGCGGUGAACAAAAUUUACGGAAAACUCGAUCGGUGCAUCCGACCAUAUCAAAAUAUUUUACCACUCCGAUUUCAAAUGAGUUAAAAGACACAUUAUCUUAUAAAGAGAUGAACAAUGAUUGCGUCAAUAAAUUAAGUACUGCGGAUGAAACAUCUUGUAGUAAGGUAUACAAUUCUGAAGAGGUCAUUAACCCGAAAAGCAGGAAGCGUAUUAAUCUAACUGACUUUGUUCUUAAAGAGAGCAAAAAUGUGGAAAAAGGUGGAGAGAUUUUCAAAUUUAAUAAUAAAGACGCCGUUGAAAUACCACAAAAGAAGGUUAAGAAACCAAAAAAACUGCCAUAUUCAAAAAAGUCGGCAAAGUUCUCGAUAUUACGAGGUGCCAACCAAAAGGAUAUUAAGACUUCUCUUCUGCGGAGUGAACAUGCAUUCACAGAAAUUGCUUCACAACAUUGUAGAGUAGAUAGCUUUAGUACAGAUGAAAUAGUUCUUGCAUUGGCUUUAUCAAAAUCAGAAAUAGAAAACAGUGGUCCAAUUUGUUUGGAUCCUGGAGAAAGCGAUGCUGAUCUGGAUGACCAUGACGAGCUAAAAAAUAUUCCGAAAAUACUCCAAGAAUAUGGAUUCCGUACAAAUUCCUUGGAAGAUUAUAAGAAUCUGGCGUCUGCAAUUGCCCCUGGUGUUAAUCGGCGCAAAAGAACUAAGUGGGCUAACAAGUUCACUGCAUUGACAUUACGCGACUACCAUCUUCAAACAAGCAAAGUAGAAUCCAAAAUACAUUUCCUAAUUGCCCAACAAAUUAAUUGGAACGAAGGUGAUGCCUACGAAAAUGAAGUCGGAGCAUAUUCAUUAAUCAGUGGUGAGCUAGAAGAAGCAGCCAAUACAGUGAUAAAUAGGGUUGAAACGAAAGAAAAAUGCAAUAUGGAGGAGUUUUAUGUAAAAAGUCUUUUUGAAGUUGGGUGCGCACAGGCGGGAUGUUUGCUAAAAGACUGGCAUGUAUUACAAGGACGCGAUAAGUCCCCUGAAGGGAGAGUAAAAAACCAGGCUGUAAAUGCUGACAGACAAAUGAAUCAAAUUUAUAUGAAGUUGGAAGAUGAUUUUGGAUUAAAAGAAAAAUCAAAACCAAGUCCACACAAAAAUGACACAUUACAAAAUGAAAGGAAAAACGGAACAAGUGAAGUUGAUAUCAAAUGCAGUUCUACAUUAAAUCCUGCGACCUUUUGUCCUGCGCACAUUAAUAAUGAUGAACAACUAGUCAGCCUUAGCUCAGAAAUCUCUGAAAGCUAUAUAAAAAAUGAAAAAUUACUUAAACACAACAUUGAGUACCAUUCAUGUAAUGAACCUUCAGAACGCUUAAACGCAAAUUCGGAUGAGUCUUGCAUUGGAAUAGAAUUAUUUAAACAUAUUUCUGAGGAAUGUGAGUUGAAUCCCAGCAGCACAUUACAAAAUGAUUCUGAGAAUUUCCACGGGACUUCCAAUAGAACUCGUAACUUAUCUCCAAAUAUAUUUGCUAGCUCCGACGAUGAGUGUGAAGACGUUUCUAGUAAAAAUCCGGGCACAGGUAGUCACCAACAGGAAUUUAACGUUCAAAAUGAAGUUUCUACUGAUAUAGAGAACUCGUAUAAUGCAGAGUUUCUUGAAAAUAACGGAUUAGCAGUCACUUCAAAACUUAUGGAUUUGACCCAAGAAGUAUUUUCAGAGCAGUCAGAUAAAUCUACGGAAAAACAGCCACCGGUUUUCAAUGAUUUCGCCUCAAAACGAAUUAAAACUCUUAGUACAAGUGAAAAAAAAGCACCUAUAUCAUUAGAUGGCCUAGCUUUGAAAGCAACCGAUACAAAAGUAAAUACACCUAUGCUCAAUCUUAUGAAGUGUCCAACAUUCCCGCCGAUUACAAAUCAAAUGCAAAGCCUUACAUGUACAAAUACUGAACCCAGUAUCAGUAUAGCUCCGAAUGAGGAAAUUGAUGAUUGUGAAAAUUGUAUUGUUUUGUCGGACGAUGAAAUUAAUUACUCUAUUUGGAAAGCGGAUAUGAGCAGAGCGCGAAAUGAGGCAAAAUGCGUUAACACGAUAUCCGAAAUAGGGAAUAGCAGAAAAGAAUAUGAAAACUCGAAAAACUUUUUCAUGGAAGGCGUUGAGUAUAUGGCGAAUAAUACGAAGAGAAAAAGCACUUCCAAUAUAAAUUCAUUUACAUAUGAUGUAGAUCGCGAGGGAUUUCAUGUACCAUUUUCAUCAAAAUUAUCUGACCGAUCUAAAGAAUUGCUUGAGUUUGACAUUUUAGAUAAUACAUCUGAACUGCAUACUUAUACCCCUAAAAUUCUCAAAACUUCGCAAGGCGCAAAUAUAAAUGAAAAUUUAACGCCGUCUCAAAAUGUACCAGUUGGAUUGGGUGAAUUACUAACAGCCGAUAUGAGAUUCAAGAAGUUGAAUGAAGAAAUUUCGUCCACAAAUAUGCUUUCACAUGCAACUUUAUUAAACGUGGCUGAAUAUACUCCAGACGAAUAUGAAAUAGCUGGUCGAAUAUACACAACCCGGAUCGUUACCGGCCCCAAGCCGGACUUUGAUCAACAAAAUGAAGCGGAAAUAUUGAAGCAACUUUAUGGAUUUGGUAUAAAACCCUUAAAGCGUAAACAAGCUGUAAAGAUUUUGGAGUAUAUUUACAAUUCAACACAUCCUGUGGUACUAGCACAGACUAUUGAAUUGAGCUUCAGUUCCAAAAAUAAAAAUACCUCAAGUGAUGCAAUCAAUGUAGAACUUGAUGGACAUAUUGGUCGUGCUACAUCUCAUAUUGUUUCAUCGCGAAAUAAAUUGCAAUUGAGCGACUGCCUCUGCCUUAAUAUGCUGCACUGUACGAAAGAAUUGCUUAUGACCUUAGAAUACGAGGACUACGUGUUUCAAACAAAUGUCACGAAGAAGACACCCCGUCCACUUUUGCCGCUACAUAUCGCUUGGUAUAAUCUUGUUAUCUCUAGCACAAUUUUGCAUGAAAUGAUUUUGAGGUAUAAGCCUAUUGAUUUGCAUAAUAUUUAUGUAUUUUUCAAGCAAAUUGGAUAUCGUUUCGAACCAAAGGACAUGAAGGCAUUUCUCGAUCGGCGUUGCAUAAUUUUCCGUUAUGAUAUGACACAUCCAUCCCGCCAAAGUGAACGCCAGAUUUCAAAAAGUAAAUAGAAGGAUAAAACAAAAAUCACUCGAAACAUAACAAAAAAAUAUAUAUGUAUAUAAAAAUUUGUGAUUUAAAUUGGAAACUUUGAAGUAAGUUAAGUUAGUCAGCCCUCGUUAAUGUUAGAUACUAUUUUCAUCAAAGUAAUGUAUCACGGAAGCAUCCCUUUUUGUGUCAUAGUAAAGAUCGCGACAGAUAAGUGUAGCAAUAAACAUGUGAAAAUUACAAAUUCUUCCCUCGUAAAGGAAAAUUUAUUCCAAAAAUUACCCGGACCUAAAUUUUUCAGAUUAAUAAGUAAAGAAAUAAGAGGGCACCCUGAAAUAAUACGAAAUAAUGCAU